GCAGUCAGCGGCCGGCGUGCGGCCCGGUGGGUUCGGCGGGCACCACGUGAGCCAGUGCGGAGACUGCCGUGCUGGGUGAGAGACACCCGGCAGCUGCGGGUCAUCGGGCGCCCGCCGGUACUGGAGGAGAGGAGACAGCAGAUGAGCCAUGGCGCUUCAUUUGUGGCGCUCGUUUCUCCUUCUCUGCACGCUGACGGGACUGCGACGAGCUUCCGCUCAACAGUUCGUGUCCGAUAACCUUCUGACGUCCGGCGGCGAGGAGUCGGUAUGCCUGAGUCGCUCCGGGGGCUAUUACGCCGACCUGGCCGACGACUGCAGCUCGUACACACUGUGCGCUCCCGGCGGACGUCAGUUCGACUUCUCCUGUCCGCCCGGCACCCGGUUCCACCAGCAGUUCCUGGUCUGCGAUCACGAGUUCCGUGUGGACUGUGCAGAAUCGCCGCGCUAUUACGCGCUCAACGAGCUGAUUGGCCGAGAGGAGCAGGGAGCAGAGUCGACGAAGCAGGAAACACGCACCACUCCGACCAAAUCCUCUCAGACGCAGUUCGCGGUCUCAAGGGCGCCGCUGAAGCCGUUGGUGUCACCACAGAGACCACUCAACCCCGUCUCCAGCAGCCCCGCUCCGCGCCGGUCACCGUUUACCCGUCCCCAGGCGCAGCGGCCGACCGUCUCCCGGGCGGCGACUCCCUCCCCGCGGGCACCCGUUCGAGCACUCCCAGUGGCGGACGUGGGUCAGACACUGCUGGAUCUGGUGCAGCUCUCCACACGCGAGUCCAGGCAGCGACCGGCGGCGGAUGAAGGCAGCCCUCGGCGUCCCGGAGCGGUCGGAGUCGAGCCCCGCAGCCGUCAGCCACCGGUGUCACCUGCAGUGCCCGCUCUGCUAACACAGGUGGCAGCACUGGGUCGGACGGCGCCCCAGCCCAAGGCGGCGCCACGGGUCAGGUCCGAGGCGGUGCCCCAGGUGGCGCCACGGAGCAGGCCCGCAGCGGUACCACAGGUAGCACCACCGAGCAGGCCCUCGGUGGUACCCCAGGUAGCGCCACGGGUUAGGCCAGGCCUCACCCAGGAGGCCUCGCUGCGCCGGCCGGCCGCCAGACGACAGCAGGCGCCCAGCUUCCGAGGGACGUUCUUCCCGGCUCGGCCGGAGCUGCCGCGAAAGGAGCCCCGACAGGGCUUCAGCCGGUUCGAGCGACUCAACAAGAGCCUCCCCAGCCCUCCAGCUGGCAAUAAACCAUCUCGGCCGCGAGGGGUCGGAAGGAAGGUGCGGUUUCCGGCUCGGAAGGUACGCCCGGAGCCGCCGCCGCCGCGCCUGCCCGCCGGCCGGCGUCAGAGUGUGCGGGCGGUCGGCGGAGGCUGGAGGCCAGCGCUGCGCAGUGCGCCCGGCACCGACCCCCGCUGCCCCCGCUGUCUGGCGGCGCUCAUCACACGGUGGGACAGCUGCUUCCCGUGCGUCUCUGUGCUGAGAUGAGCAGGUGAAGCUCUGUUCACACCGAAACGGUGAACUUUGUAAACUUUGAGCAGGUGAAGCUCUGUUCACACCGAAACGGUGAACCUUUGUAAACUUUGAGACGGUUAAGCUCUGCCGACCCAGAGACAAUGUCGAUGAAACCGUGUUUAGAUAAAGUCAGUGAAGAAAUUCUUCGCUAAGUAAGAUCGGUGUAGAACUGUUCGUCACAGACGACACAUUGUUCCGAAGUCGCAUGAAGCUCGAUGUGUAGGUCAGUUGAGAUCCAUUCAUGUAUGUGAGUGAAGCUCUGAUUGUAUUGAUUCGGCGACGCUGCAUAUUCGUCGACGUAAUGGUCAUAUCGUAUGGUCAAGGUCAUAUCAUAAAGGAUCUUCAUCUUACUCAGAGACAAAGCACACAAAGAUGGUACGAAGAGGGAUACUACUGAUGCUGCAGGCAUCACAAGAAUAUCACAUGAAGUUUACGAGGAGCGACUUAAAACUAAAAAUAACCUAAAAUAAGAAAUUCGUUUUCUUCGUAACUUCGCCACUAGAUUUUUGCCUCCUUGAACGAGGGUUACGAGACCUCUGUCAAAUGCUAUCAGUAUCCAAUAGACAGAUUCAAAGGAAGAACAACUGACUUAUAAGAAUGGGAUUCAAACGUCACUGGCGAGCUUAGGGAAUGAAAUCUGUAGGAACGACUGAUAUGGUAAUCUAGUUAGGUGACAAGCUCUCAUGCGUAAGAUGAACGUUAAACAUGACAUCUAUUCUCCAUUUUCUCAUCAAUGUACUGGCUUCGGUUGCAUAUUUCACUCUUCAGUUAGCUCGAGUUAAUUACAAAUCAUAUCUUCGUCGUUCUCAAAUGUAACACGGAGAAAUGUCAAGCACUUAUAACCUACUAAUAGGAUAAGUAAGUGGCAACAUAUCACAGAGUAGCGAUGGAAAGGCUCGAGAGUUGAGCUACAAUGAUCACGGUAAGAUAAGAAUAAGAACAGAUAUCAAGUGAGUCUGUUUACAAGCCCGUCUGCACCCGUUGACUUAUGUACCAUAGCCUUUAAAUGUUGUACCGUCAUGUACUGUCAUGUGCUAAUUUUCAUGUGAGUGGUUUCCUUAAAUACCGAUGUGAAAAAUACAAUAGAAAUAAGGCCA